AUGCUCAACUCAGCAGAGCGGAUUACAUACACCGAUAGAGGUGGCACGCGCCAGUUCUCCGCUUGCACACCUAAACAAAACGAUGACUUCGAGGGGUUCGAUGAGGAAGAGGAAGAAGAUACCGAUACCAACAGCUCUGACAUGAGUCGUAUGGUUCGCGAAAGAGGAAAAAAGCUCGAAGCACAGGCUCGGCAGAAGAGAGAAAAAGAGCAAGCAUUGAUGCGACAGAGGAAAGAGCUACAGAUCCAGGCUGACCAGUACGCCAACGAGCUCCGGAAUGCAAGUCUCCUGUUGCAAAAACUCAAACAAAGUCUCGAAUUGAUCCGACGCUUUGCAGAGGAACAAAGACGGGCCUAUGAAAAGUGGAUGAGACGCUACGAACAAGUGAUUACGAGUAGUGCGUCUUCGGUCGACAUCGCGAGCCAGGUAUUUAAGGAAUAUUUUGUCAUCAGGUAUCCUAUAGCCAGUAAGGUCGGCUCAUACAUCAACAAGAAUGUCAUGUUCAUCCAAGAUGGCGAAGCUGAAGUAUCGAAAUGCAGCCAAGCUCUUAGACGGAUCGAACUGGGAUCUCGAAGAAUUGACUUGGAAACGCGAUUGAAUCAGCUUGAAGCAUCACUUGUCUCAACUGUUGAGGGUCUCUUCGAUGAUCAUGUCACGCCUGCUGCUUCGGCCAAAAGAAACAUUGAGAAGAUUCUUGAGCCACUCAUUCUGUUCCUGUCUCAGUAUGUAGAGCUACAGGAAGUGGGCUACAGAAUCAGAAAAUCAAGCCGUGGAAUCUUGAUUGCUUGCAAAAAUUUAGGCGAAUAUCGAUUCAAGAGAUUAAGGGAGAAUAUAAUGGAUGGGGCCCUCAAUAUAGGACAAUCGCUUCACGGGUAUCGAGCAAUGCGGCGUUCGCUGCGAUGGGGUGGUCCUCUGGGGAAAUCUCACAUUCUCAGCAUAGUUCAAAAUUAUUUCGAUCUCCAAGUCAUCCGUAUGCUUGCAUCUGACAUUGAGAUGGAUCCGGAUCUUCUUGCUGAUGAGAUCAAUACUCGUGGAAUGUCAUCGCUCAUGGCCCACUGGUAUUUCUAUCGAUGGAAAGAAGGUGCUCCGCGCAGUGUUGAUCUCGAUAUAGCUUGGAAACAUUUCGAUAUUUACUACCCAUUCUAUAUGCUUUACGUAUCUUCUCGAAAUCUAGCCAGUGAAGUCCUGAGACUUGAAAAGAUCUCGGAAGUGAUGGGAGAUUCUACGUCGGAAGCCCGCUUUAAAGAAUGGAAGACGGAGUUUGAUCUUGACCGUCAAAAUUUUUUAAGUCAGCUUGAAGAAACCAGUUACCACACAUGGUUAAGGUUGGAAACCGAGGACAAAGUCAGCAGGCUCGGUGGAGUGCCUGACACCAUUGCCAAAGGCUUGUUCACUCCCAAAGACCCUCCCAGCUCUGACCCACGCCGUUUUUUUCUUUGUAUUGAUGCAAUUUGUGACGGUCUGUCCCGAUCCAUGAAUCUCGACGAGGCUACUCUUGAGUUCGACAAUUUUCCAGACCCCACGAUGUCUGAUGUGAUUGAGCUCCUGGACUAUGUACCUUCGCACAAACGAGGAAUAUACGGAUAUCGAGCUCGGGCACUCGGAAAAGGAAGCAAACAGGAAGCAAACGCGAUAAAAUCACGCAUGCAAUGCGGGGUAUCCGAGCCGGAAAUAGCGUUGAUCAAAAAGGACCAGAUAGUGAAAUCGACAGACAAAGAUACAGCGAUAUCUUCAGUCUCCGAUGCAGAGCGUCUGGGCAUAAUGUCGUCUUAUGAAUUACUUGGUAAAUCCGAUGAACCUCCUGCGACCGCAACUGACGACACCAAACCUCAGUUCUGGAGCUAUAAUCAGUACAAAACGCCGGACGGAGGAAAGAUCGGCAUUCAUUACUGCAAAAACCUCGAACAUGCCGAGCGUGCGGCUGCCUUGUUCUCUGACAGUAAGGUGUUAGGCUUCGAUAUUGAGUGGAAACCUCAAGCUCAGAUAUCAGCUGGUAUCAAGAGCAACGUGUCCCUGAUCCAGAUCGCCAAUGAGGAACGUAUAGCCCUAAUUCAUAUUGCACUCUUUAAGGGCAAUGAAAUUCAAGACUUAGUUCCGCCGUCACUGAAACAAUUACUCGAGUCUACCAAUACCGUCAAAGUAGGUCAAUUUGAACUCAGCCAUUUAUACAAACUCGUCAAGUACGGCUCAACGCAGCCAAAACUGGUUGAUCGGCGCGCCGUCAAUCUGGCUCAACAGGUUGAGGAGUUGUUAGGGCUGCCGUUGAGGAAAGACAGUGACGUGCGAAAGAGUGAUUGGACCAAACCCUUGGAUUAUGCUCAAGUUCAGUAUGCCGCAUCGGAUGCCUAUGCUUGCAUAUGUCUUUAUCGCACAUUAGAAGCGAAGAGAAAAGCAUUAAACCCCGUUCCUCCAUUGCCGGCCUUCGCCGAACUUAAUCUCCCUAUUCUUUUGGCUGAGGAGGACAAAGUCGAGAUAGAGGACAAAAUAGCUGAACUCAGCGUGCGCAUGAAGGAGUCGUUGGAGGUGGUGGACGCAGGGGAGGAGGAUGUUGUCAAGGUCAACGAUGAGGCUAAAAAUACAGAUUCGGCGUGA